CGUUGACGCUCGUGUUUGUGGCCGUGUCCCGUUCGUCCAGCGCCCGGUCGGACACAGCUCGUCUUCCGCUCGUCUUCCCCGCGUCUGCCCGAGCCCCGCAGCCUCCUCCAGCGCCUCCUCCAGCGCCUCCUCCAGCGCCUCCUCCAGCGCCUCCUCCAGGCCCGGUCCUCCGUCAGCUCCGUCAGCUCCACAGCCGCCGCACGAAGCCCAAACUCCGCCAUGAACCCCGAAUACGAUUAUUUAUUCAAGCUGCUGCUCAUCGGAGACUCUGGAGUCGGGAAGUCCUGUCUCCUCCUACGGUUUGCAGACGACACGUACACAGAGAGUUAUAUCAGCACGAUCGGAGUCGACUUCAAGAUCCGCACCAUCGAACUGGACGGCAAGACCAUCAAACUGCAGAUCUGGGACACAGCCGGACAGGAGCGCUUCAGGACCAUCACCUCCAGCUACUACAGAGGAGCUCACGGCAUCAUUGUGGUGUAUGACGUCACAGACCAGGAGUCCUUUAACAAUGUGAAACAGUGGCUUCAGGAGAUUGACCGUUAUGCGAGUGAGAACGUCAACAAGCUGCUUGUGGGAAACAAAUGUGAUCUGACCACCAAGAAGGUCGUGGACUACACCACAGCCAAGGAGUUUGCGGAUAACCUUGGAAUCCCGUUCCUGGAGACGAGUGCGAAAAGUGCGACCAACGUGGAGCAGGCGUUCAUGACAAUGGCGGCUGAAAUAAAGAAGCGCAUGGGCCCCGGAGCCACAGCCGGAGCUGCGGAGAAGAGCAACGUAAAAAUCCAGAGCAAACCGGUCCAAACCAGCUCCGGAGGCUGCUGCUAAAGCUCGGACCGCCGCGGGAACAUGGACUCAGAGGCGACAAACCCUCCUCAUGGAAGAGCACGUUUCAGCACAUUUAGGAUUCUGAAUGCGGCUGAAUCUCUCACUUUGAAUUUUUAAUUCUGAAAAAACGGUUUUGAAUUGUUUUUAUUCUGAAUUUCAGUUGAUGAUGAUUAAAAAUUCAAAAUAAAAUAUUCACCUUGUAAAUAUUCAGCACAUAGUUUCACAAAGUUCUGUCGUCCUCAGUCACAUGACCAGGUGCUUUUGUCUCGACUACGUGGAUCUUAAAGAUUCAACAACUGAAAUUCAGAAUAACAACAAUUCAAAUAUGCUUUUUAAGAAUUUAAAAAUUCAAAGUGAGAAAUUCAGCUGCAUUUAAAAUUCAAAAUCAGAUGAAACUAUCUUCCAUUCUCCUCUUUUUAAAUCUUUACUACACUUUGGAUUAGCUGAUUGUUUUUCACAUGUUUUCUCUGAAUAAAGACCAGAACCAUCCAAA